GAAAAGGCUAAAGAAUAUGCAAACAAUAUUCUUUAUAUGUAUGCUCUCGUCUUUGGAACCACAGACUCCACCAGCUAGGCUCCUGCACUGUCUCAAGAGAAGCUAGCAUUUGUAUCCUCUCUGUAUGCCGGUAGAAGGAGAAGCAAUAUAUACCCCAUCCCAUACUAUAGACAUAACCAUUGUUCAGAACUUCCUAUUAUCACCAUGUGUUCCGAGUCCCACCAACUGCAAGCUAGCAUUUGUAUCUUCUCUGUUUGCCGGUAGAAGGAGAAGCAAUAUAUACCCCAUCCCAUACUAUAGACAUAACCAUUGUUCAGAACUUCGUAUUAUCACCAUGUGUUCCGAGUCCCACCAACUGCAAGCUAGCAUUUGUAUCUUCUCUGUUUGCCGGUAGAAGGAGAAGCAAUAUAUACCCGCACCCAUACUAUAGACAUAACCAUUGUUCAGAACUUCGUAUUAUCACCACCAUGGAUUCCGAGUCCCACCAACUGCACUUUCUCUUGUUUCCUUUCAUGGCCCAAGGCCACAUGAUUCCUAUGAUGGACAUAGCUAGAUUAUUAGCUCAUCAUGGAAUGAUUGUUACAGUAAUCACUACACCACUGAAUGCAAAGCGUUUCACACCAACCCUUUCUCGUGCUGUGGAAUCUGGACUCAGAAUUCAGUUUAUUGAACUCCAAUUUCCUGGAGAAGAAGCAGGAUUACCUAAAGAUUGCGAGAAUCUUGACAUGCUUCCUUCAUUGGGUUCGGCCCUUGAGUUCUUCUUGUCAACCUCCCGGCUUCUGGAGCCAGUCCAAAGAUUGCUUGAAGAGCUAAAGCCAAGGCCUAAUUGCAUAAUUUCUGAUAUGUGUUUGCCAUACACUGCUCAGGUUGCUAAGAAGCUUGGUGUUCCAAGAAUAGCUUUCAACGGCUUUUGUUGCUUUUCUAUGCUAUGCGUGCACUGCGUUUACAGUUCCGGGAUACUUGAGAGUGUAAAAGCUAAGUCCGAAUACUUUGUUAUUCCUGGAUUGCCUCAUCAUAUUGAAUUAACAAAAGAGCAGCUCCCAGAAGCUGCGCUUCCAAACGCGGGUGCGAUUCAUGUGCAAUUGGAAGAAGCUGAAAAGCUGACAUAUGGGAUUCUUAUUAAUUCCUUCGAAGAGUUGGAGGCAGCAUGUGUCCGAGAAUACAAGAAGGUAAAGAGGGAUAAAGUUUGGUGCAUUGGUCCGGUUUCAUUAUACAACAAGAACAGCUUGGAUAAGGUUCAGAGAGGGAAUAAGGCCUCAAUUGAAGAAUCUGAAUGCUUCAAGUGGCUUGAUUCAAAGCAACCAGGGUCUGUAAUAUACGUAUGCUUUGGUAGCCUUUGCAAUUUAUUGACUUCACAACUGAUAGAGCUUGGUCUAGGCUUAGAAGCGUCAAACAGACCUUUCAUUUGGGUUUUAAGAGGAGAGGGAAAGUCAAACGAAAUAGAAGAGUGGAUUGUAGAUGGUGGUUUUGAGGAAAGGACCAAAGAGAGAGGUCUUAUAAUUGGAGGUUGGGCACCACAAGUAUUAAUACUGUCACACCCUGCAAUUGGGGGGUUCUUAACACAUUGUGGAUGGAACUCAACGCUAGAAGGGAUAUGUGCUGGUACACCGAUGGUUACAUGGCCACUUUUUGCAGAUCAGUUCUGCAAUGAGAGGCUAGUUGUGGACGUGCUGAAGACUGGUGUAAAGGUUGGGACAGAGGUUACUGUGAGAUGGGGAAAGGAAGAGCUGGUUGGAGUUUUGGUGAAAAGGGAAGCUGUUGCAAGGGCUAUAGAAAGGUUGAUGGAUGAAGGAGAGGUGGCUGAGGAAAGAAGAAAAAGAGCGAAAGAGUUUAGCAUCAUGGCAAAAAAUUCAAUGGAGGAAGAUGGGUCUUCUUAUCUCAAUAUGGAACUACUAAUACAAGAUAUCCUGCAACAGAAAUGUUGAGUAAUAUCAGCAUAAUUGUUGCUCUUCGUUGGUUAAAGAAGAAUAAUUUGUUGCUUACCAACUUAAUUAGUCCUUGAUCGUCUCUAAGUUUUCUGGAACUACGAGUUCUUUAAUAAAGAUUGUACCCUUUCAUA